AGGACGAGCGGCGCGUGCGCGCACAUACGCUGGCGACGCCGGUGCCGCUGUCGUCGAGUCGUUGCCGUUGCCGGUCACUGGGACCGUUGCCGCCGACGUCAGUCCACCACGAGACCACGGCACGCGUUUGUCUUGCACCGCACGGCACACGCUCGUCGCAUACGUCUCUUUUUCACAUUUCACAGUCUUAUUGAAAACGAUACACUACCACACGUACGAAACACACGCACUUCCGUGCACGACGUGCUCGUACGUAAUACGUAAAUACAUCCACACGUAUUCGUAUAUUCGUCAGUUCAACAUAAAUGCGCUCGUUGCAUAUUUACACAUCUAUCCGUAUGUAAAUAUUGAACGUUGCGUUCGUACACGUACGGAGAUACAUAUUUGUAUCGCAGUCUCGGAGUAGUCAGUGGCGGCCACAGUCGGACCCGACCGACGGCUAUCGUUUACCUGACGGUAUAUCUCCCGUCGAUAAGAGCUGUUCGUACUGUAAAACGGCAAAAGAACAAUAUCGAACCGUAACAAAGUAACAAACAAAACGGCUAAACGGUAUUUGUAAUACGCAUCCGUAACAUCACGACCACGGGCAACUAGCCGGUAUCGGCGUAUAGGGGGCUUCUGACGGGCUGUCCAUCUGCACACCGGUACAUCCUUCUACCGGCAGAACGCGGCGCACGUGUUGGCAACUUUCCACAUUCGUCUAGAGGAGAUAACGCAAUAUUCAAACGAAGCACACUCAGCACACUGACCGUUCAUCAGGUUAUUAAGCGAUACAUUUGAAGAUAAACACAAAAGUCUAUUUUUCUUGAGAAGCAUUGAAGCAUAAUGGCGGCUUUUGUGGCGAAGCAAGUGGUUGGAAACAAAUUAAAUGCCGUAAAAGGAGCAGUAGGCGAUGGCGGUGAAUCGGCCGAGGACAAAGAGAAAAACGCAGAAGCCGAGAGGGAACGGUUGGAAGCGAUCCGAGAAGCCGAGGAGAGACGUAAAGAGAAACAUCGCAAGAUGGAGGAAGAGAGGGAAAAAAUGAGACAAGAAAUCCGAGAUAAGUAUAAUAUCAAAAAGAAAGAAGAAUUGCCUGAACCGGUACAAGAGGAGCCCGCCAACCCCUUGAUGCGUAAAAAGAAAACGCCCGAAGAAUUAGCAAAAGAGGCAGAAAUGGAAGAAGAGGAUGAAUUCACGAAAUUGAAGAACACCAUCGAGACUCAAGUAAAUGAACUCAAGUCUCAAAUCGAGAGCAAAUGCAGCCUUCAAUGAGAUGUGUUCAAAAACAUUGCGGAACAAAUUAUUACAUAAAAAAAAAAAAAAAAUAAAUAAAUAAAUUAAAAUUAAAAAAAAAAAAAA